CCGCCAGCGAUCACUUCCGGGGCACGCGGCUCUUUCUUCCUUUCCUCGCUCGGAGCCCAUCGUGGACGCAGCAGCACGCGCCCGCCGCCAUGCAGAACGACGCCGGCGAGUUCGUGGACCUGUACGUCCCGCGCAAGUGCUCCGCCAGCAACAGGAUCAUCGGCGCCAAGGACUACGCGUCCAUCCAGAUCAACGUGGCCGAGGUGGACAAGGUGACCGGCAGGUUCAACGGGCAGUUCAAGACCUACGCCAUCUGCGGGGCUAUCCGCAGGAUGGGCGAGUCGGACGAUUCCAUCCUCAGACUGGCCAAAUCUGACGGCAUCGUGUCCAAGAACUUCUGAGGGAGUAGUGCAGAACCUCACAAAUAAAAGGAUGUU